GUGUGGGUAAGGUCCGUCAGCAUAUCUAGUCCAUAUAGCAAGGAGCCGAACGUCUCUCACAAGGCACGACAUCUCUUUACCAACUGAAACCGGCCAUGGCCAUGGCCAUGCCACUAAUGACCUUCUCACUCUCUUCCCUCUCUUCUCUCCCUCGUUCCUCUAUUUCAGUCGUCCACUCCACUCCACUCCGCUCUCCCUCUCCAACUCUCUCUAAACUCUCUUACACCACGAAAAUCCAAUGCGCCAACACCAACAAACAACAAAAGUCACAAACAACUCAAAGUCAUGACCCCAAGAGUGGAGUUGCAGUUUACAAGCCCAAGUCUUAUGAAGUUCUUGUCACUGAUGCUGCCAAUUCUCUUGCCUUUUCUCUUCAAGAUGGAAAAAUCCGCCUGGAAAUCGAUUUCCCGCCCUUGCCUAGCAACAUCUCUUCUUACAAGGGAUCUUCAGAUGAGUUCAUUGAUGCCAACAUUCAACUUGCCUUGGCUGUUAUAAGGAAGCUGCAAGAGAAAAGAGAAACCAGAGCUUGCGUUGUUUUUCCUGAUAAGCCAGAAAUGCUAAGGGCUUGUCGGAUUUUCAAGACAGCUCUUGACUCGAUUGAUGGUAUAACCAUAGGUUCCCUUGAUGAUAUUCCGAGUGGUCCUGUCACCACAUUUUUCAAGUCUGUGAGGAACACCUUGGAUUUUGAUUUUGAAGAUGACAGUGAAGGUCGUUGGCAGUCCAAUGAGCCACCAUCACUCUAUGUAUUUAUUAACUGCAGUACACGUGAACUUUCUGUUAUAGAGAAGUAUGUGGAAAAGUUUGCAACGUCAACCCCAACACUUCUAUUCAAUCUUGAACUUGACACAUUGCGUGCUGACUUGGGUCUUCUGGGAUUUCCAACCAAAGACUUGCACUAUCGAUUUCUUUCUCAAUUCAUUCCAGUGUUUUAUAUUCGAAUCAGAGAGUACUCAAAGACAAUAGGAGUGGCACCUUAUAUCGUAAAUUACAGUGGAGCAUUAUUUCGCCAAUACCCUGGGCCUUGGCAGGUGAUGCUUAAACAAGCAGAUGGUUCUUAUGCUUGUGUAGCAGAGAGUGCAACGCGCUUCACACUUGGUGAGACAAAAGAAGAAUUGUUGAGGGUCCUUGGACUGCAGGAAGAACAAGGAACCUCACUAGAAUUUCUUCGCAGAGGCUACAAGUCUGCCACUUGGUGGGAAGAAGAUGUUGAACUUGAAACAUCUUCUGAUUGGCGUAGUUGAGUUAGCAGCAGCAAGAAAAGCACCGCCAGAAACUUCUUGAAAGUCGAGCAGAAAAGUUUUACCUGAAAUAGUCAAGUUUCAGGAGUUGGGAGAUUUAUUUGUUCCUUCUUGCUUCCUUUCCUAUUCUAUAAAUUGCAUUCCUGCUUUAAUCUGUCUUCUUUUUUACUAAAUUUUAUUCAUGUAUCCUCUGAUAAAGUGAAUAGGCCACAAACGCACGGCUAUUGUAAAGAAUGUACAGGAACCUCGGUUAUUUUCCAUUCUCUGCUUGGUUGCAGAAAGCAUGGAAAGAAAAGAAAUUGAAUUUUGAGAGUACUGUUUUUGGCUA